AAAGACUCACCCGCAGUCCGUCCGUCUGGCUGCCGCUCUUGCCGGUACUGCGCCUUUAAAUCCAUCAUGGCUGCCGCUCGAGGCAAUUGUUUUGACGGCUCCAAGGGGCGGGGCCUGUUCCACAGUCACGCGACCUAAGAGCCACCCGCGGAUUGGCUCUACCACGAGCAGGGAGCAUAAGAGGUGUGUGUCCCGCUUUGUCUCGGGUUCUCUGAGCGCCUCUUUCUACGUCAUGAAGGAGCGUCGGAACGGGUACCUGUUAGCGUCAUCCAGUAGCACCAGGCGGCCUGGCUAAAGGUAAUGGUGGAGUGCUGAGCCCAGUCGAGCUUGGCCCAACUCAUGGCCUUGCGGGCACUGACCCGCGCUCUUGGCUCUGUGAGCCUGACGCCCCGGAUUGCCGCCGUCCCCGGCCCAAGCCUGCUCCUGGCCGCCCAGGUGACAAACAAUGUCCUCCUUCCGCUGCCCUCUCCCUCGAUGUUGCUUCCCUGCCGCCCAGUCCUUACCUCUGUGGCCCUUAGUGCUAAGUUUGUGUCCUGGAAGAGUCGUACCAAGUAUACCGUUAUGCCAGUGAAGAUGAGGAAGUCCGGGGGCCGAAACCACACAGGCCGAAUCCAAGUGCACGGUAUCGGUGGGGGCCACAAGCAACGUUAUCGAAUGAUUGACUUUCUGAGGUUCCGGCCCGAGCAGGAAUCCAAGCCAGGACCCUUUGAGGAGAAGGUCAUCACUGUCCGCUAUGAUCCCUGUAGGUCAGCAGACAUAGCUCUGGUUGCUGGCGGCAACCGGAAACGCUGGAUCAUUGCCACAGAAAACAUGCAAGCUGGAGAUACAAUCCUGAACUCUGACCACAUAGGCCGAAUGGCAGGGACCUGUGGUGUGCUGCUACGGAAGGUGAAUGGGACAGCCAUCAUCCAGCUGCCCUCUAAGAGGCAGAUGCAGGUGCUGGAAACGUGCAUAGCAACAGUGGGCCGAGUAUCCAACGUUGAUCAUAACAAACGGGUCAUCGGCAAGGCCGGGCGGAACCGCUGGCUGGGAAAGAGGCCCAACAGUGGGCGAUGGCACCGCAAGGGGGGCUGGGCUGGCCGAAAGAUCCGGCCACUGCCCCCCAUGAAGAGUUACGUGAAGCUGCCCUCAGCUGCUGCCCAAAGCUGAUAUCCCUGGACUCUAAUAAAAUGGCCCCCAUUUU